AUAACGACAUCGUUUGUAUCUACGAUUCUCAUAUUUCGCCUAUUUGCAUGGGUGUGCCACGUGGCAUAUGCAGAAGUUGCCAGUGAACGAGUUUUUCUCACUACAUCAAUGUCACCAAAACCGAAUGCGAAAAGAAGAUAAAAGAAAAAACAGCAAACAAAAACAGAUCACGAGAAAAAGAAAACGAUGAAGAAGAUGAAGCACUUGUCCUCCAUUGCAAACGACGUCGUUCUUAGAUGCUCACAGGAACUAGAGUCAACCAUUGAGAAAAUGGUGGAAGAGUUUGAAUGUCAAUGGAAGCCUGGAACGGAAGGUACUUACUCGAGGAAGUUUGUGGAAUUUUGCAACUCAAAAAUGAUGAGUCGGCUUUGUGACCAAAACAUACCUGAGAGAAUCAAAGAUGGUUCUUUUACUCGUCUCACGUUCGAUAUGAUGCUUGCGUGGCAACAGCCUGAUGCACAUGACAAUGAUUCUCAUUUGGAAGCAGUAGGUAAGGAGAGUGAAGACAAGAGGAUUCAAUCAACCUUAUCCCCAGAGCAAGAUGACAUCUCUCUUUUUUAUUCAGACAUCAUGCCGCUUCUCGCUGAUCAUGAACCAAGUGUUGGUGAAGAUGCAUUUGUCUAUUUGGGCUCAAUCGUGCCUCUCCCCGUCGAUGUCAUCAACGGAAGAUACACGUUUGAGACUCUAACGGCUCCUACCGGCCACCAACUUCACUUCCCGGCUUACGAUAUGUUUGUCAAAGAAAUACACAAGUGUAUGAAGCAUUUGCAAAAGCAAGCAAAACCUAAAGGGGUCGAGUUAGCGGAUGAUGAAGUUAUACUGCAUGUUGAAGGAACAAUGGCUUCACAAAGAGUGGUUCGCCACAUUAAAGAAACAAGCUGGCCAGGUAGGAUUACUUUGACAAACUAUGCACUAUACUUUGAAGCCGCGGGAAUUAUAAACUAUGAAGAUGCUCUUAAGAUAGAUCUUACCAAAGACAAUGCAAAUUCUGCAAAGCCUAUUUCCACUGGUCCAUGGGGUGCCCCUCUUUUUGACAAGGCCAUUAUCUACGAGUCUCCCGAUCUUGAGGAUGGAAUUGUCUUGGAGUUUCCAGAGAUGACAAGCUCAACGAGACGAGAUCAUUGGCUUAUGCUUGUUAAGGAGAUAGCAUUAAUGCAUCAGUUCUUGAGGAAAUACAAUGUUGAAUCUCCCUUACAAGCAUGGGAAGUCCAUUCAAGAACAAUCUUGGGAAUCGUACGGUUGCAUGCAGCCCGUGAAAUGCUGAGAAUUUCGCCUCCAGAUCCAAAAAAGUUUUUAAUAUUUAGUUUAUUUGAGGAAGUUCCUAAGGGGGACUUCGUACUAGAAGAGCUCGCAGAGAUUAGUCUAAAGAUGAGUACUACCAAAAACCCGUGUAGUGCUAGCUCUAUAUUGAGGAAUAUGAACAUGGAACAGCUUGGUAACUUAUUAAAAGAAGAGGGAGAAGAUAAGUGUAAGGAGAAGGAGGAAGUGAUUGACAAAGAAGAAAUGCUUGCGUCCCUUGAAAGUGCUGUGAAUCAAUCGAGAGAAGAGGGAAUGGAGAUUGAAAAGGCCAAAGCUACGACAACGAAGCUCGAAGAAGAAGGGAUUAGUGAAAGUGUAGCAGUUCUUAUGGAAUUGAUGAAGCCACUACAAGACGCAUUGCCAUGGUUUCAAGAAGUGCUUUAUUGGAAAAGGCCUUCUCGUACGCUUUUCAUUUUAGCCAUUACCAUUUUCACCGUCUACAAGGAAUGGAUUGGUAAGGCUAUAGCUGCUUGCUUAAUAUGGGUGGUGGUUAAAAUGGCUCAGACUAGAAAUAAGAUGGUCCACAAGAAAAGUGAGGAUACGGUAACAGUGAGCACCGAAUCGGACCAAACAGUGACCGAGAGCAUUGUGUCGGCUCAAUAUGGUGUAAUAAGAGUACACCAGCUGAUGCAGCAUGUCAACGUCACCAUCAUGAAGUUACGGUCCAUAUAUACCUCCAAAGCUAGCAAGCAUGCAAGCAUGGUGAUGGGGUCGAUGAUAGUGUUGGCGAGCUUCUUUGCGGUGGUGCCGUUCAAGUUGGUCAUCAUAUCUGGUAUAGUAUAUUGCUUUGUAAUGACAUCGCCUAUCGGAAAAAUGAUGAGCAACGAUCAGAGUAACCGGAGAAUGAAGGAGUGGUGGGAUUCCAUACCCAUUGUUCCCGUUCGUGUACUUGACUCUUCUUCUUCCAAGUAGUUCACUUGAUACGAGAUACUAGAAGCUAAUAGAGAAAAUAAUGUUUAAAACAGAGUUUUGUUUUGUAAAAUAUUUGCAAACAUAAUACUAUAUGUCACUACAAUUAUAGUAACAAAUAAAUCAG